UCAGGACUUAGGUCAGGUUUCGCAACUGUAAACACUUGUGCAGAUCGGCAAAUCAUAGGGGGAAAAAGACACUCUGAAUUCUUUAUAUUUGGAUUUACAACCCGAAAAAUUAUUUAAUUAUAGCAUAAUAAGCAUGUCGGAGAGGGGCCGGAUUUUGAUUAAAGGAGGUAAGGUAGUGAAUGAGGAGUGCUCCGAGCUGGCUGAUGUGUUUAUAGAGGACGGGGUGAUCCAGGCAGUGGGCUCCGAGCUGCAGGUGCCGGAGAGCGGAACUCGGGUGCUGGACGCCAGCGGGAAACUGUUGCUGCCCGGAGGAAUAGACACGCACACACACAUGGAGCUGGAGUUCAUGGGCACUGUGGCGGUGGAUGAUUUCCGCUCGGGUACCAAGGCCGCAGUAGCCGGAGGAACCACCAUGAUCCUGGAUUUUGUCAUCCCUCGAAAAGGAACCUCUCUGCUUGAGGCGUACGACAGAUGGAGGAAGAUUGCUGACGCAAAAGUGUGCUGUGACUAUUCCCUCCACGUCGCUGUUACCUGGUGGGAUGAUAGUGUAAAACGAGAGAUGGAGACCCUUGUUCGAGAGAGAGGAGUAAACUCCUUCAAGAUGUUUAUGGCGUAUAAAGAUGUGUUCAUGCUGAGCGACCAGGAGCUCUACGCCGCUUUCUCUCACUGUAAAGACAUUGGAGCCAUCGCACAAGUCCACGCUGAGAACGGAGAUCUGAUUGCAGAGGAGGCCAAGAGAAUGCUGUCUUUGGGAAUCACAGGACCCGAGGGCCAUGAGCUCUGUCGCCCUGAGGAGGUGGAAUCAGAGGCCACUCAGCGUGCCAUCACUAUCGCUCACACUGUCAACUGCCCUCUGUAUGUGGUGCACGUCAUGAGCAAAUCAGCUGCUAAAGUGGUGGCUACUGCUCGCAGAAACGGGCGAGUGGUGUUUGGCGAGCCCAUAGCUGCUGGCCUGGGUACUGAUGGCACUCAUUACUGGCACAAGGACUGGGCACAUGCGGCAAGAUUCGUUAUGGGACCCCCGCUAAGGCCGGACCCCAGCACACCUGGCUACCUCAUGAACCUGCUCGCUAAUGAUGAUCUGAGUGUAACCGGGACUGAUCACUGCACCUUCUCCAUGUGCCAAAAAGCCCUGGGCAAAGACGACUUCACUAAAAUCCCCAACGGCGUUAACGGCGUGGAGGAUCGCAUGUCUGUCAUCUGGGAGAAAGGAGUGCAUAGUGGCAAAAUGGAUGAAAAUCGAUUUGUGGCGGUCACCAGUAGCAACGCAGCCAAAAUCUUCAACCUUUAUCCACAGAAAGGGAGGAUUGCCAAAGGCUCUGAUGCAGACCUGGUUAUUUGGGACCCAAAAGCUACCAGGGUGAUUUCAGCAAACACCCACCACCAGGCGGUGGAUUAUAACAUCUUCGAGGGGAUGGAGUGCCACGGUGUUCCUCUGGUGACCAUCUCCGGAGGCAGAGUGGUGUAUGAAAAUGGCCGUGUGUUGGCUGAGCCUGGGACAGGAAGGUUUAUUCAUCGAAAGCCCUACUCUGACUUUGUGUACAAGAGAAUAAGACAAAGGGACGAGGUUGGGAAACCCAGUGCAGUGGCCAGGACACCCUAUAAAGGAGAAGUCAUAUCUAAGGCAAACAGAGCUUGAAGGAAAACACUGCAGAAAACCUGCAGUGUUACCAAGUAACCUUGAUCUCUUUUAGGAUUUUAAAGGCGAUAUAAAGUACUGUGCAAAAGUCGUAGAUAAACGGUGAUUGUGAAGCCUCCUUUAGAAUUACAGAUGCUGGUUUUUUUUUCAGAUUGUGUAUCAGGGUUGUCAUGGAACAAAUUUAUUUAGCUGUUUAUAUUGCUUCAGUGUGCUGCUAGCAAUGAACUCCUCUAAGAUGGUAUAAUGACCAAUGCUCUGCACGCUCUGGUCGACUCUAUCUGUUCAAGCACCAUAAGACGGCACUUAUCAUAUCAUAUCACUUGUAUAUACUGUUAUCGGUACAAGUACGAGGAAUUGAACAUGGUGUUAAGAUGGAUACACACUAUCAGGAUCAGUAUCGAUACAGCAAUGUUUAGAAUGCACGACUGAAGCUGUGUACGUCAUUUUCCCAAAGAUAUAGUGUGAGGAAUCAAAUCCUUUUUAUAUUUGUCUGCCUUCAUCAGUCUAUUUUCAGCAGAUCCCUUACAGCACUGGCUGAAACACACACACACACAAGCACACACACAAACACUAUGAAUCACCUCCAUGAUUCACAGAAACCUACAGACAUGCAUCACAGUGUUUACCAGCUCCUGAACAAAACAUCUCAAAAAUUGGACUCAUCACUUAUUAAGACUUUCUGCCACAGAGUGUUUCAGCGUGAUUUAUAGUCUCAUACUUUGUCUAUAUGUAAAAAAAAAAAAAAGUGGUUGCUUUGCUGCAACACAUGCAAUAACACUAUUCUUCAUUGAUUUUGGUGCCAAGUUUCUGUGCCAGAUACUGAGCAAGCAUUUGACUAUAUUUCUUCUUGUCCCUUUGGGAAAUGGCCUUAGAUGCAGUAAGUUUUGGCUCCUUCGCUGCAUUUUCUGUCUUCAAAUAAGUUUUAAUUAUCAUGUGGAGCAGGCUAGGGUGUAUCAGGGUGUUCAUCUAUCCAUCUCACAUGAUGUAUUUGUUUUUUUGAGAACACAAAAUUUUCUUGUACUUAAUUUUAUUGUACUAAUAUUGAUUGGAAAAUAAUUAAGUGUUAUAUAGUAAUUCAAAUACUCAUUGCCCUUAUAAAUGCUCAGUCGAUAAAUACUUGAGCCAUACAUUUUUGGGUGGCCUCUAUUUUUGCACAGUUCUGCCUCAUAAUAUUAAAAGAAAAUGUAUUUUUAAUAAAGAAAUGUAUCUAAAAAAUGUAUUUUUUUUACAACUUUCAAAGAAGCAUCUUUAAUAGAAAAGCAUAUAAAUAUAAAUAUAAAACCAUGUAAAAUGAGCCUUCAUUUUAAGCAAAGAAAAAGAGAGAAAGUAAAAUAUUUUUUAGUACACUACAGUUUGACCGCGUUUUGUAACUGGCCUACUUUCAAGUUUGAGUGCUGCAAAUGAUCCUGGAUGGCAGUUAUGUGAAAUUGUGAAAAAAGCAUUUGAGCCUUGUAAAACAAGGUCAAGUGAAAUGAAAGUGGGUCAUGAUAUUUAAGUGUAGCGUGAUCACAUGGUUUGAAAACUUAUAUAGAGGAUGAAAUGUGUGGACAAAAUGAUUUCAUCAUAGUGAAGGUUUACCAUAGUAAACAUAGAUGACUGAGAAUUUCGAUCCUCUAAUAACACAGCAGAUUUGACAGUGAUGCUAAAGGGUUUAUGUUUGUGCAUAUAUUAAUAAUAUAUUACUAAUUUGGAUGAUAUUUAUUAGUCGUGUCUUAUAAAUGAAGCAAAAUCCAAUCCAAGCUUAUCCAGGAGCUGUUAGGAGUUAGGAGUCUUGCUCAGGGGUUCAACACUGGCUAU